AUGUUGCCCCUUGAAGGUCGCAGUCAAUCCAUCUUUAUUGUGACUACUAUCUUCCUUGGAAUUUCCUUCAUUGCUGUAUGUCUACGAUGCUUCGUGCGGCUUCGACUCGUCAAGGCCUUUGGCUGGGAUGAUACCUUUAUGGUAUGCGCAAUGUUGAUGAACAUUUUGUUCGCUCUAUGCGGUAUCACUGGUGCAUUGUAUGGAAUUGGACAAAAACUCCAUACACUUAUCGAAAGGGGUACGAUGGAAACCGCAAUGUUUUGGUGGUGGCUCGGUCAAACCAGCUAUGUCUGGACCUGCGCGUUGGCCAAGCUCUCUAUUGCAUCCGCUCUCCUCCGCUUGACAGUUUCCAAGGUCCAUCGAAUGGUGUUAUGGGCUGUCGUUGGCGUCACUUGCACUAUUGGUCUCGUCUUCUGGUUCAUGUUGACGCUACAAUGCCAACCAGUUGAGUUCUUUUGGCAACGAGUUCGCCCCUAUACGGACCCUAAAGCUGAAGUUUCGGGUACCUGCAUGGAGCUCGACCAUAUCAUUGCCAUAGCCUAUGUUUACAGUGUGACUGCUACACUCUGUGAUCUGACCCUAGGUCUUCUGCCUAUCGCCUUAGUGUGGAACUUGCAGAUGAAUGUGAGGACCAAGGCUGCCUUGGCCGGAAUUCUAGGAAUGGGAUGCAUUGCAAGCGCAGCAGUCAUUAUUCGCAUUCCAUACUUGCACGACUACAAAGACGUCGACUUCCUCUACGCAACCGCCAACAUCUCAAUCUGGUCUAACGUCGAAGCCAGCCUCGGAAUCGCCGCAGGAAGUCUGGUAACCCUCCGACCCUUAUUCCGCUGGUUCCGCGAUCCUAGCUCGAUGGGCGGAAGCAGGAGCAAAACGAAACCCACCGCUGGCAGCAUGCCCCUCUCAAGCAUGAACGGAGUACGCUCCACCACAUCCGCCCCGCAAUACUGGCGGCCAGACCUAGACCGGGAAGACCAGCCUGCGGUGAUUACGACGAUUCACACCUCCAAUGGCUCCGACACGAGCCGAACGAGCAGCCAAGAAGAUCUAAAUCCGACAAACGGCGGCACAUUCUUCCAAGGAGUGAAUGUCCAAAAAACGUUCUAUGUUUCGGAGGAUCAGACAUCCUAA